AACUAUUAAUUCUACAGAACCACUUAAUGGUGGAAAGCAUUUCACUAUGCAUGGUGAAUUGGUUCUUCAGGUUAAUGCAGAAUGUGCUGUAUAUGGUUCUAUAUAGAGCCUUUUUGAAAAUGGUUCUAUAUGGCAUCAAACAUGGUUCUGCUUUUCAUAUAAACUAUAUCAUAUAAACUUGUAACAGUAGAAGAACCCUAUUGGUCUUUAUAUAAAACCAUUUUCAACACAUUCUAAAUCAACCUAUAGAGCCAUUUCACAAGAACAGUGAAGAACGUGGUUCUACCUUUGCCUUUACCAAAGAACCCCUGAAGAACCAGGUUUUUUAGGUGUGUGGGCUGUACGGGACACGUAUGAAAUAUAUAAAGAUAUAUAGUAAAAUGAGCGCGGUGUUUCGUUCCUCCUUCCCUUUUUCUUUCUGACCCCCUUUCACAGAGUAUAAUCCCUAAUCUCGCUAAUCCGGUCGGCUGUGAAUGGUCGACUUCGUCCAGCCACUCCGUGUCUGACGAACAGCCUGUUUGACAGCGCUGAAAUAUUUCAUAUCUCGGGUUAUGAGAGGCAGAUAACGAGAAAUCUAGGGUCUGGUUUCAUUGUGGAAGGUGAUGAAUGUGUCCUGGCUUGAACUCCAAAGUCAGAGAAUGGACCCAAGGACAGAUGUUCAGUCUGGACAGCGAUAUCAGCACAUUAGCAGGGCUGUCUGGCUGCAAAGCCGCUGGCAGGAGGUGAGUGAGAGGGAGCGCAGGGCGCAGCUCCAUAACCGAAAACUGCUGCAGGAUUUCCAGAGAGCACAAGAAACCCUCAGUGACCUGGUGGCGCGCACUGAAGCUAUGAACACCAUCCGGGUUGAGUAUGAGAGGUACCUGGAGGAGAACUUCCCUCGAUGGCAGCAGAAGCUGAAAGAUAAGAGGCUCUCAGAGCAGCGCAAGAGGAUAGAAGAGCACCUAAAGGCAUGCAUACAACAGAUGGAGGAGGAUCAAAGGAUGGAGUGGGGUAACAAUUCCCCUGUAAGAACCAACUCUUCUUCCUGCAUUUCUUCUGACCUCUCUCAUCCUCCCAUCCCUCAUCCUGACCACAGAGACAUGAGGAGAGAAGUUCAUGCUGGGAUGCCUAGGAGCACUUCGUCCCAACAAAAUAACAAACAAAAUAUUCAAGGAAACGUCCACAAUGGCUUUCAACACUUCUCCUUUCCCUUCACCUGGUUAAUGCAGCCAUCAGUGAGUGAACCUCAGCAGAGCGACAUCCCAAAGGAGACCAAAACUUUCCAGAACACUCACCAAGCAUUCAAUUCUCCUGGUGACCCACGUUAUGGACCAUACCCUAUAGUUCGUCAGGAAUCCCCUUACAAUGACCAUCUGAGGCCCUACCCAAAAGCCUGGGCAGGAGGAGUCCAGUGUGACCCUGCUGGAGCUCUGUGGUCAGUCCUGCCUUUUGUGAACCCGCUGGUUUGGAGGAUGGGGCUGUCAGACUCUACUGCUGAGGGGAUGCAGUGCAGUGAGGAAGCAGAGGGAGAAAAGCAGAAGAAAAGCUCAUCAGGCCCUCAGGUUGAGAAACAUCAGGCGAAAAAACAAAGGAGGAAGUUAAACGGCGGUGACCAGUCAUCAGAACUGGACACUAAGUCAGUCCAUCUGUCAAGCAACAAUGGAGACAGCAGUGAGAGCAGGGCUUUGUCCUGUGAUGCUGUGACAAGCUUUGCUUCUGGAAUGCAGAAGAGAAAAAAAGAAAGAAGAAGAGAAAAACAGACACACAAACCAACAGUAGAGAAAGAAACAGUCUCUUGGAGCUCCUCCUCAAUGUCAAAUGUCCAUUCUGGCAUGAACAAUGAGAAAGACAUGAGCAGCCUGAGCUCACCUGUGAGAAGACCUUUCAAGAAUCAUAAAGUGUCUAAAGCUAAAGUGAAGAGCACAGCUGGAGUAGAAUCUCCUGAACACCCAGGAGAAGAGAGUGAACAGGAGGGUAAGAGAAACCAGGAAACACUUAAAAGCAGUGGAAGUGAAGUGGAGAAGAAGAAAAAGAAGAAGAGGAAUGAAUACAACAAGAAGGACCACAUGGAGCAGAUGGACCACAAAGAUCAAGAAGAAGUGAGUGCAGGAGUGGAAGGGUGUUUGAGUGAAGAUCGGGGGAGUAAAGGAGGAGAGGAAGAGGAGAGAGCUGGUACAGGUCAUACAGCACAGGAUGAAGAGGAAUGGACUGAGGGAUUACAUGUCAAGAAGAAUGACAGUGGAGACAGAGAUGAGGAUGAAACUGAUGGAGGAGUGGAAGACAAAGCUUUGAGUAAUAAUGCGUCUGAAGGAGGAUCUGUCUCAGAGAAGCUGGUGAAUUAUGUGGGAGAAUCGGGUGUAGAUGAUGAGGAGGAAGAGGAGAACAAAGAUGGAGGAGGAGAAGAAGAGGAGGAUGGAGAAAAAGAGGAGGACAAGGAUGGAGACAAAGAAGAAGAAGAAGAGGAUUUAGGAGAAGAAGAGAGCAAGGAUGGAGGAGAUGAUGAUGAGAAGGACGAGGAUGAGAAGGAAGAGGAAGCGGAGGAGAUUAGUGUGGAGGUCGGAGCACCAAGAGGGAGCAAAGGAGGUGAUGAUGAAUCUGAUGAAGAAGUGAAUGACAGUGAAGUUGCUGCAUCAGGUUCAGGGUCAAACAUGUAUGACAGCCUUAAGGAGCUGUAUAAAGAUGAGGAGACAGAAGAUGAGGAACUGUAUGAUCAGGAGAUAGAAGAUGACACUGAAGAUGAUGAUGACGAUGUGGUGGUUGAAAAAGCACACCCAUGGUCACAUGAUCCUACCUACGAUCAUACUAAAUAUCAGGAUGACGAUUAUGAUGAUGAUGUUGAGGGUCUUCUUGCACCGCAGGAUAAUGUUCAGCAACACCAGGCAGAUGAAGCAGAGGAAACGGUCAAACCAACAGAUUUGCACAGUGACUCAGAAGAGGAUGGUUCACAGAGGAAGGCACCUUUGGCCCCAGUUAAGGAUGAGCCAGUGGAUUCUGAUGAUGAGUUUGAUCAUUUUUACGACUAGGCUGCAGUUGGAGAUGCAGGCGAACCUGGCAGUGAGGAAGAACGUCAUCAGCACAAGAACAAAGAAAAGGAGGAUCAAACAGGGCAUCUUAGUCUUAGUGGACAGCUGAUGCUCACAUACCUGCGUGCAAUAACACUGAGAGUCCAAUAACUCUGUGCAUUCAGAAAAUGAGCAAGGUUUAUAACCAAUACAGCAAACACUGCAGGGCCAAGCGAAAGAUUAAUAGACACAGAGAAUUACAAAGGGAUGAAAGAGGAAGAAGAGGACAAAUGGGUGCAGGGAGUCCCUCUGUCUUUUAUGUUAUUUGCUGGGAGCUUAUCGGCCUGGCCUGAAAGAACCACUGCACUGUCACUGUGCAAACACAGGUGGGUCGGCUCGCCUGACAGAAAGAGAAAGAGAUAUGAGGGAGAAUAAUGGAGGAAAGAGAAUGAAUCACAAUGGAGGACAUUAAAGGCGAGAGGGACUCCGAGAAAGGCAGUGUAAUUGAUUCCUCUAAAAAACUGAAAUGGUUCGCUUAGACAAAAUGCAGAGAUUGUAUUUCCUAAAUUCUUUAUUCGCAAAGUGUCUGUGGUAUGUUCUUUUUGUCAUUUUAAUGUACUAGUGGUUCAAGCGCUUUCAUAUUUAGAUAGGGAGCACAAUCUAAAGGGAGGGGGCGUGAGCUGGGGUUCGGGUGGAGAGAGGAGGCCGAGCAAGGGGUAUAAGGGGCUGACGCUGGCUUUGAGUGAUGGCUAUUUGAACAGGCAUGUUUACCCUGGCCCUGCUGAAAAGGGACAGAGGGACGCCAGUGGAGAUGUGCAGGAACAGACGGGCGAUAAAAAAAAGCUGCCACUGUGUAAACCUUGUCGGCCCAGUCUUUCCCUCUGGUGACCAUGACAACCCAGCAGAACCCACUCUCUGCCCAAUCACAUGCCCUCCUUUUGACGUGUGGAACAAAACGUCUCAGACGUGGCAGGUCAGGGCAGACAUUUUGAAUCAGUUACUACUGUGGCCCAACAGCUACAAGCAGUAUUGUCCUCUCCUCUCUCAUUCUCCACUUUGCCAAACAGCGGGCCAAACUCUGCAUGGAAAAUGAUAUUAGCUCAGAAUUAUGUCUCCUAUAAUCAGUGUUAAUACACUUUGUCUUGAUUCCAUCUGCUGUGAGUUCUGGAAACAAAGAAGUCUCAUCUUGGUCAUUUUUUCUGCAAGAAAGAACUUUUAAACUGUAACAUCUCCUGUUUUUGUUUGUCUCCUGAAAGAUUUUCCAUGUAAAGGAUACAUGGCACUGUGCAAAACUCAGAGACUACUCUUUACUUAUUUAUUUACAGGCAAUUAUUAAUUACAAGUUCUUCAUUUCAGGAGAUAAUUCAGAGGAGGUUACACAUUUUUGCUGUCUAAAGAAAAAUGUGUCUAUUUUUGUUGAUUUUUAUUUUUCCACAUCCUUUCAACACUGCCACUGUCCAUUACACUGACAAUUCAUGAUGUUUGGACCAACACUUGGAAUAAAACCUUUCCAUUAGCUUACACUAAAAGUUCAGAACGUAAAAGUUUUUGCCUGCUCCUGUAAAGUUACUAAUUUGGAAAUUCAUGUCUUUCUUUGAACAGCAGUGAUAUAUGGUAAUGCUUUUGCAUCAGGUAAGGGAAAGUCCGAGUACAAAUGUGGAAUAACAGGAAUUUCCAGAAGGUGAGUUUAAAAAUAAUUAAAAGACAUAAA